AUGAAGUACCCAUUACUCUUCCCAUCCCCAGGUCGACAAUUUAGCCACAUGAACAAUUCAAAGGUCGCAAAGUUUGGGUUCAGAGCUGACCUGUCACUCUGCAACAGCUUGCUCGAUUCCUACUGCAAAUCCCGGAGUCUCGAUUCGGCUUUCGACUUCUUUAUGGAGAUGGGCCUGCGAGACACCAUCACUUUCAACACGAUGAUCACAGGCUGCUCGAGAGAAGGUGCGAUUGGCGAGGCAGUAAGAUUCUUCUUGGGGAUGCAGAAUUAUGGUUUUAGACCCACUAAUUUCACCUUUGCCGCUCUUUUACGGGCGUGUGCCGAUCUAAAUGACACCGCCCUCGGGUUGCUGGUCCACGGGCUGGUCAUCAAGGCCAACUUUGUCCACGACGUGUUUGUUUGCAACGCACUUCUUGAUUUUUACUCCAAGCAUGAUUUCGUCGAGGAUAUGAGAAAAUUGUUCAACCAGAUGCCAGUGUUGGAUGGUGUCUCGUACAACAUUCUUAUAACGAGUUAUGCUAAAAACGCGCGGCUCGAGGAAUCACUCUAUCUAUUCAAACAAUUGCGGCUGGCCAAUUUUAGCCGGAGGGACUUUCCCUUUUCGACCAUGCUGAGUGUAGCUGCAAACACGCAGGAUAUCAAGAUGGGAAGGCAGUUACACGCGCAGGCUCUCGUGACGAAUGCAGAUUCAGAAACCCAAGUGGGGAACGCGUUAGUCGACAUGUACGGCAAAUGCGGAAAGUUCGAGCAGGCCAAUACUUUAUUCAGGAGUUUGGCAUACACGGGCACUAUCCCCUGGACGGUCAUGAUUUCGGCCUACGUUCACCAUGGCCUCAAUGCCGAGGCCUUCAACUUGUUCAACGAGAUGCGCAGAGCCGACAUCCAUGCGGACCAAUCGACUUUCGCGAGCAUAUUGAACGCCUCGGCAAACUUGGCCUUGAUUUCAUUGGGAAAGCAGCUGCACACACGUCUGAUAACCGCUCGAUGCGAGUCCAACGUUUAUUGCGCGAGUGCCCUCUUGGACAUGUACGCGAAAUGCGGAUCGUUGAGGGACUCUGUUGCGAUUUUCGAAAGCAUGCCCGAGAGGAAUAGCAUCUCAUGGAAUGCGAUGAUCUCGGCGUACGCGAAGGAUGGGGAUGCCGAGGCCACUUUUCGCUUGUUCGAGGAGAUGGCGAGUUCGGGCUUCAGGCCCGAUCACGUCAGUUUCCUCUCAGUGUUAACCGCUUGCAGCCAUAACGGACGAGUGGACGAGGCCCUUAGGUAUUUCGACACGAUGACUCGGACUCAUGGGCUCGUCCCGCGAAGGGACCACUACGCGUCGCUAGUGGACGUGCUCUGCCGGAGGGGCCGAUUUGCAGAUGCCGAGGACUGGAUGGGCCGGAUGCCGUUCGAGCCCGACGAGAUCAUGUGGUCCUCGGUUUUGAACUCAUGCAGGAUCCACAAGAAUCGGGAGUUUGCGAAAAGGGCGGCCCGCGAGCUUUUCGAGCUCGACGGGCUCAGGGAUGCUGCAGCCUACGUCACGAUGUCGAAUAUUUACGCGGAGGCUGGGGACUGGGAUGACAUGGCGAAGGUGAAGAAGGCCAUGCGUGAGCGUGGGUUCCGCAAGGUGCCGGCCUACAGCUGGGUUGAGGUGGAUCACGAGGUGCACGUGUUCUCAGUUAAUGAUCAGGCCCACCCGCUGAGUAAGGAGAUUAGGAUGAAGAUAGAUGAGCUGGCGGAGAGGAUGGAAGCGGAAGGGUACCAGCCGGAUGUGAGCUGUGCCUUACAGAAAGUGGAUGACGUGGCAAAAGCUGAGUCGCUCAAGUACCAUAGUGAGAGGUUGGCGAUUGCUUUUGCUCUUAUUAAGACAAAAGAGGGUUUGCCGAUAGUGGUGAUGAAGAAUUUGAGGGCGUGCGUGGAUUGCCAUGCUGCUAUUAAGGUGAUCUCGAGGAUUGUGGGUAGGGAGAUUACGGUGAGGGAUUCAAGUAGGUUUCAUCGGUUUAAGGAUGGGGUGUGUUCGUGUGGGGAUUACUGGUGA